UUAGCGCUUUUACACUCGGACAGAGCCGCUGGAGGUUCAGCUCAUACGCUAACCAUGGUGAACGUAAAAAAACGGAAGGGUCGCGUCGUUAUUGAUUCUGAUUCCGAGGACAGCGCCAGCGAUGAUAAUCUGGAUCAGGAACUGCUGACUCUAGCUAAGAGAAAACGAGUGGACUCAGAAGAACCAGAGGAGCCUGUCAGUAAACCUGUGGCAUCUACAGACUCGGAGACCUCUGACAGUGAUGAUGAGUGGACUGUCGGAGGCACCAAAGCCAAGAAGAAGGUGAAAGCUGGUAAAGGUGCAGAAAAGAAAAACCUCACAAAGAAGAAAGUGAACAAGGCUGCUUCUUCAGGUAGCUCAGAUGGAGACAGCUCAGCUGAAAGCUCCGCUCCAGAGGAGGGCGAAGUGUCCGACUCUGAGAGCAACAGCUCCUCCUCCAGCUCGGAUUCGUCCUCGGAGGACGAAGAAUUCAAAGAUGGUUACGGAGAUGAUCUGAUGGGAGACGAGGAGGACAGGGCACGUUUAGAGCAGAUGACGGAAAAAGAAAGAGAACAGGAGCUGUUUAACCGUAUUGAGAAAAGAGAGGUGCUCAAGCGCAGGUUUGAAAUCAAGCAGAAACUGAAGAAUGAGAAGAGGAAGGAAAAAGAAGAGAAAAAGAAGAAGCAAGAGGAAGAGCAGGAAAAGAAAAAGCUGUCUCAGGUCACAGACACUCAGGUGGUGAUGUCCCAUAAUAAAGAAAGAAGAUCAAAGAGAGAUGAGAAGCUGGAUAAGAAAUCUCAGGCCAUGGAGGAGCUGAAAGCUGAGCGAGAGAAGAAGAAAAACAGAACGGCCGAGCUCCUGACCAAACGGCAGCCGCUGAAGACCAGUGAAGUGUACUCUGAUGACGAGGAGGAAGAAGAGGAAGAUGAUGACAAGUCAUCCGUAAAGAGCGACCGCAGCUCAAGGUCAUCAUCCUUCGAUGAAGAAGAGGAAAAAGAGGCGACACCCCCUAGAUCUCAGCCGGUGUCCUUACCCGAGGAGCUUAACCGCAUCCGUCUGUCACGGCACAAACUCGAGCGCUGGUGCCACAUGCCCUUCUUCGCCAAAACGGUUACUGGAUGUUUCGUACGCAUUGGCAUAGGCAACUCCAGCAGUAAACCUGUCUACAGGGUGGCUGAAAUUGUAGAUGUGGUUGAAACAGCAAAAAUCUACCAGCUGGGUUCUACAAGAACAAACAAAGGGCUGCAGUUACGACAUGGAGGGGACUUGAGAGUUUUCCGGCUUGAGUUUGUAUCCAAUCAGGAAUUUACAGAAAACGAGUUUAUGAAAUGGAGAGAAGCGAUGAACAGUGCUGGCAUGCAGAUUCCUACUUUGGAUGAAAUCACCAAAAAAGAGCAGUCCAUCAAAGAAGCCGUCAACUACAAAUUCAACGACAAAGACAUAGAGGAUAUAGUAAAAGAAAAAGACCGCUUCAGAAAAGCGCCGCCGAACUACGCCAUGAAGAAAACGCAACUCCUCAAAGAAAAGGCUAUGGCUGAGGACAAUGGAGAUGGUGACAAGGCGAAGAUGUUGCAGGAUCAGCUGAAUGAGCUGGAGGAGAGAGCAGAAGCUCUGGACAGGCAGAGAACCAAAAACAUUUCUGCUAUCAGUUACAUUAAUCAGAGGAACCGCAGCUGGAACAUUGUGGAGUCUGAAAAAGCUCUGGUGGCGGAGGGUCAGAACUCGAAGAACCAGCAGAUGGACCCCUUCACCAGACGACAGUGUAAACCCACCAUGGUGUCCAACGCCAGAGACCCUUCAGUCCACGCUGCUAUUCUCGCGCAUUUAAAUCAGAAAUACGGUUCAGGCUCCGGUGGGGACUCCCAGCAGGCCAGCAAACAGCAAGAUCAUGUCAGCCAGAAAGAGAAAGAUGUUACAAAGACCAGCAGCGACCUCUCUGAGGACCUGUUUAAAGUUCACGAUUUCGACGUCAAAAUUGACCUGCAGUUUCCCAGCACUGAAACCAAGUCCCUGUCGGUCAGCUCCAAUUCUCUGCCGGUGAAGGAUGGAGCACCACGACGCUCCCUCAAUCUGGAAGAUUAUAAAAAGAGACGAGGCCUCAUCUGAUACCUCCACAUACCAGCUUCCCAUCCAUCAACUCUGCAUGUGUUUGUGAAUUGAACUGCACUGGGGAACUGAGGCUCAACCUCCCCCUGCAGUGUGUGUGUGAGUGACUUACGUACAUGUGGAUGUAAGCUUGUAUACGUGUGUGUGUGUGAGUGUGUGAGAGAGAGAGCAAGAGCGAGAGAUAGUCAGUGACGUGUGUGUGUGUGUGUGUGUGUGUGUGUGUGUGUGUGUGUGUGUGUGUGUGUGUGUGUGUGUGUGUGUGUGUGUGUGUGUGUGUGUGUGUGUGUGACAAAUGUGGACUUAAACUUUACAUCAGUGUGUGUGAGACUCUAGUAUGAAACGUUCAAUGCGAGACAAACUGCUCUGUGCUUUGUGCAUAGGCUUUCAAAAUGUAAACAGUAACAAAACACCUAAAUGAAAUAUUGUGGUUUUUGAGGUUUUUUUCCCCCUUUAAGUGGGAGACAUUCACCUGCUGGUUCAUUUACAAAGGAGUCCUGGCCAUUAUGUUUCUUCCUUCCUCUUGAUUCUUUUGUAAAUGUCAUUAUUUUGUGUCUGAAUCCUUGUAGGCAUAUUAUUUUUAAGUUGAUCCAUGUUUUGAAGUAGCAGUCAAUAAAGGCUUCAUUUCUGAAUAUAAUAUAAAAGCAAGAUCUGGAGGAUUUUAUGAGCCUUUUCCUGUAGAAAAAGCUUUUUAGCAGUGUUUUCUCUCUCUUUACUGGGAGCUUUGGUCAUCAUUUUGGAGCUUUGAGUUUGAGGGAAAGGAGACUAUAAUAAUCACAAUAAUAAUAAAUGAUGGCACACUCCUUUCUGACUUGCUCAGUUUUAAACGUAUCAAUUACCUCUUUUCAAUGGAAAAUAUAGUUUAUACAUCUUUUUUGUUUUUCAUGUGCUGAGCAGCCCUGUGUCCCUUCAGAGAUAGUUUGUGUUAUUGACUGUUGAUCAUUGAUUAUUGACGAUGUCCUUCUAUCAGUUCUCGUAUUGAUGUUGCAUGCUUUGUAAAUAAGAUUUGGCCAUUUGAGAUGAGUGCAGCAAGAAUAAAGAAGCACUGUUUCGUA